AUAUUGCGCAUGUGCAAUGACCCAGGUCAGUGCUCUGUAACCAUACGUGGCACACACUAUUGGGCCGGUCCUGUGUGGAAUAGGGGUUAUUUCCGGAUUUCUUCAGGUGAAAAUAAACUGUAUACAGUAUAUAUUUUGUUGGAGCUGAAGUCAAGCAAUCCUGUCCUGAGGAUGAGUUACAUGAACCAACCACCUGGGGGUGGAUAUCAGCAACCAGGAUACAACUCUUACGCUCCUCCCCAAGGUCAGGCUCCACCCAACGCUUAUGGAAGCUAUAGUAACCAGCCUAGCCAACAGGGAGGUUCACCUGCAGGAGCUCCGCCUCCCCCUGGGCCUGGGAAACCGCCUGCAGGAGGUGCAUAUGGUGAUAACAGGCCACCGCAGAACUCGUAUGGAGGGUCAUCCAUGAAUGGACCAUCGUCGGGACCUCCGCCAUCAGGUCCGAGUAAUAACCAGUUUGGGGCACCUAGACGGAUGGGUGGGUACCCUUUACAAGGGCAGCGGCCAGCUGGACCUGGGCAAGGACUUCCUGGACAGGGGCCACCAGGACAAGGACAACGCGCUCCUCCUCCAAUGGGAGGACAACCACCUCAGGGACAACCCCAACAAAAUCUCCCGGGGAGUUAUCAGCAAACCAGACCACCAGUGUCCAGCUCACAACCUGGUUUCUACCAGCCUGGUGCCCCACCCCCGCCAGGCGGAGCUCAACCCAUGAAGCAAGUAACCAAUCAGAUGUCGGCUAUGAAUGUAUCUGGUGGUCCACCCCGCCCAGGCUAUAAUAUGGGAGGUCCUGUAGGAGGCCCACCACCAUCUACGUCAGGGGGAUAUGGGGCACCACCGCCUUCCAGCCAAGCACCUCCUUCAGGGUACCAAGGCCAGCCCCCAACAAGUUACGCUCCAGGACCUUCAACUAAUAACUACUCCAGUGCACCCCCUCCAUCAUCAAGUUACACAGGUGCUCCUCCAACAAAUACAAACUAUGGUCAACCAAGCACAGGGGGACCGCCCCUUCUGAGUAGCUAUGCAGGAGCACCACCCCCUACCUCGAUGGGGCAAGGACCAGCUUAUGGUGCAGGUGCCCCGCCCCCAAUGGGGUCAAGCAUGACUCCGCCCGCCACCCCACCGGGGACCGGCCAAGUAGGUCCGCAAGGAAUGGGAUACCAAGCUGGAGGUCCACCACCACCAGGAGGAAUGGGGAUGCCACCUCAGGGUGGUGUAGGGGGGUAUGGACAGCCCCCUGGUCCAGGUGGAAUGCAACCUCAACCACAGGCGCAACAGCCAGCUCCAAAGAGACUGGAUCCUGAUCAGAUGCCAAGUGCAAUUCAAGUAAUAGAUGAUGACAGGAAAACUAGAGGAGGUCAGCAAUUUAUCACAAAUCUAAGAGGACAGGUCCCACCCCUUGUUACAACAGACUUCCAAGUUGUAGAUCAAGGUAAUGCCAGUCCUAGAAUUAUCCGUAGUACCAUGUAUAGCAUUCCAUGUACUCAAGACCUUGUCAAACAGUCACAAAUUCCUAUUGGAGUUGUCAUAUCACCGUUUGCAGAGAUGAUAAACAAUGAGAACCAGCCUCCUAUAUUAGACCAUGGUCCUAAUGGUCCUGUAAGGUGUAAUCGAUGCAAGGCCUAUAUGUGUUCUUUCAUGACUUUUGUGGAGGGAGGCAGGCGGUUCCAAUGUGCCUUCUGUGGCGGUCUUACAGAAGUUCCGCCUGAAUUUUUCCAGCCUUUGGAUCACAUGGGGAAGAGAGUUGAUAUGUAUGACAGGCCUGAGCUAUCGUUAGGGACCUAUGAAUUCUUAGCUACAACUGAUUAUUGUAAAAACAACACACAACCGAACCCACCAGCUUACAUCUUCAUGAUAGAUGUAACAUACCAGAGUAUGAAGACUGGUAUGGUUAACCUACUUUGUCAAAGACUCAAGACACUCUUGGAUGAUCUACCAAAAGAGCAUGGAGCAAAGGAGUCCAACAUCAGGGUUGGUUUUGUGACGUAUGACACCACGCUUCACUUCUAUAAUGUGAACAGCGCCCUCGCUCAACCUCAGAUGCUGGUUGUGUCCGAUAUCAACGAUGUCUUCAUGCCUUUACUAGAUGGGUUCUUAGUUCGGCUUUCAGAAUCAAGGGCUUGUAUCGAAAGCCUUUUAGAUCAGAUCCCAGAAAUGUUUGCAGAGACGAGAGAGACUGAGUCCAUGUUAGGACCGGUUGUACAAGCUGGUUUAGAGGCUCUCAAGGCUGCUGAUACGUCAGGCAAGCUCUUAUUAUUCCAUUCAUCGCUUGCAAUCCUGGAAGCCCCAGGAAAGCUCAAGAACAGAGAUGACAGAAAACUCUUGGGGACAGACAAAGAAAAGACCGUGUUGACACCCCAGAUCAACUUCUACACCAAGCUAGGUCAGGACUGUGUGACAAGCGGAUGCAGUGUGGAUACCUUCCUCUUCCCAAACUCCUAUGUAGAUGUAGCAACGGUUGGUCAGGUCUCUACGCUCACUGGAGGACAGUGCUACAAGUACAGCUACUUCCAGGCUGCCAACGAUGGAGAGCGUUUUAUCUCUGACCUCACCCGAAACCUUACCCGCGAGACAGGCUUUGAUGCGGUCCUCAGGGUCCGUACCAGCACUGGCAUCAGACCAACAGACUUCUAUGGUAACUUCCACAUGUCAAACACGACAGACGUGGAGCUCGCAUCGAUAGAUUGUGAUAAGGCGGUUACCGUGGAGAUUAAACAUGAUGAUAAACUACAAGAAGAUGUAGGAGCAUUUAUUCAGACUGCUGUGUUAUAUACCAGUGUAAGUGGUCAGAGACGACUACGUGUCAUCAAUCUCUCCCUCAACUGCUGUUCUCAGAUGGCUGAUAUGUACCGCAACUGUGAGACGGAUACCAUCAUCAACUUCCUUGCCAAAUAUGCUAUCCGAGGUGUACUGAACUCCAACCCUAAAGCUAUCAGGGAUAGCGUCACUAAUAGAUGUGCCAACAUCCUAGCAUGCUACAGAAAGAACUGUGCUACACCCUCAUCUCAUGGACAGCUUAUCUUACCAGAGUGUAUGAAAGUACUCCCUCUCUAUGUGAACUGUGUGAUGAAGAGCGAUGCUUUCUCUGGAACCACAGACAUCACUACUGAUGAUAGGAGCUGGUUGAUGCAGACUGUUCUAUCCAUGGAUGUAGUCUCAACUCAUGCAUACUUCUACCCUAGACUCAUCCCAGUUCAUGACAUUGAUGUGAACAGCGAAGACAUCCCCAGCGCAGUCCGAUGCUCCAUUGAAAGAUUCCAAGACCAAGGUGUUUACCUCCUUGAAAACGGUCUCAUGCUCUUCAUGUGGAUUGGAUUACAUGUGAACAAUGACUGGGUUCAGAACGUGUUUGGUGUAACCUCCCCCGCCCAGAUCAAUAUCGAAUCACAUCAGCUGCUUGAGAGAGAUAACCAAACGUCCAGGCGGCUGAGGAGUAUGAUUGACGUGCUUCGCUCGGAAAGACCGAGAUACAUGAAGCUGACCCUUGUGAGACAGAGGGACACCCUGGAGCCAUGGUUCAAGCAUUUCUUGAUGGAAGACAAGGGAUCCAAUGCCUCGGCAUCCUACGUAGACUUCCUGGUCCAUAUGCACAGAGAGAUCCGUAGUAUCCUGAGCUGAGACCUGUCAUGAUGAUCAUCUUUGUAUGAUAUCCUGAGAUAAACAUUAGCAUAGUCUAGAUCGUAAGUGUGAGGUCCUAGGUCUCUGUGAUGUCUACGUGCUUAACCCGCUGCCUACUGGAAUGGAUGACCUCUGCACAGAGCAUUGGGUAAUGAUAGAAGUCGGGAGCCAAAGGAUUAUGAGCCACCAAUGUGGACCUAGACUUGAUGUUUGGACUGAACAAAUUGGUCAAAUUUGAGAUGAGAAAUUGCCAUAUGAAUAUCCUAACUGGAACUUGAACUUGGUUGCUUUCCAAGCGAUAACAAUAACAUAACACUGGUAGCACCGGUUAGAUCGAGCAUGAAAUAAUUUAAAAAGCUGUCAUGGGCUUUUGAAGAGUUAUAAUCAUAUAACCAUGAGAAUUGGCCACAGCUUGGUGUUCAGAGGAGCCCAUAUCUUGGACGUGGAACUUGGGGAUGGAUGGCACAUCCUUCAAGCUUAAUACUCCUCAGGGAGUGGAGCAGGUGGGUCAAUCAUUCUAGAACUUAACUGAUCGGGUUCAUGUGAUUAUGAUUAAUCAUAUUUUGAAGGUUACAACAGAAGUAUCGAUAUCAUUUCAUACAUUAUUGUUACUGUUAUACUGCUGGGCAAUUCAUAAAGUAUGUUGAUUCGACUCCCUAUAUUUCUGACUGUAGUGAAAUGGUUCAUCUCUGUUUUCUAUUUCAUAUAAAAAGCUGCAAUGCUCUCAAAUCAUGGCUUGGAUAGUUCAUAUAUCGAAGUGAAAAUGGGUGGUUGGAUACAAAAAAAAAUUACUUUAUGGAAUUGCCCUGCCUUGGAGUGAAACUAGACUGCCUAAUUAGGUAUCAAGUGCUUAGUUAUUAUUAAAGAAUGAAACUGAUGUUUAUUUUGUUAUUUUGGUCUUCAGAUGGUAUGUCCCCUAGCUUUGUUUUCAAAUCAUGUUUCCUACCAAGCAGUUUGGUAUCAUGUUUCCUAAUAUGAUGUGAUAGGCAUGCUGUGGUUUAGCUUUUACCCUAAUUUCCAAAGCUAACCAUCAAUGUCUCAACUUAUUGCACUCAUUGUUUCCCCCUAAGUUUGUUCAUAUUUUGGUUCAAGUAUAUUUUGUAUUGUGUUGUCUGUCUGUGUGUGUUCCAAAUUGUUUUUAAUAUGUCAUUAUUGUGGUGUUAACAUUCCAAAUUUGAAGUCUUUGCAAGGUGCCUGGAUGGAGAUUGCUCCAUUCUUCUGUUAGGAAAUGAAAAUGUCUAUAAGAAAUCUGUCAAGAAUGUGAAAGCCACACAUAACAGUGGCGCUAGAAAGUUCGUGAACCCCUCCACAAAAUGCACUUCUUUAUGCUCAGUGUUGAAUGUCGACAACAACACUACAAUGUCCGGCAAGCCCAGAGAAACAAACUUUAUUGAAUGUAAUAUUUUCUCAUCCCACUUCACAAUUAAAUAUCUACAAUAUGGCAGAAAUUGAACACUUUAAAAUAUGUUCAUUUUCUGGUGGGGUUGACUAGCUUUUAGCACCACUAUAAUGACAGGACAAAAUAUUGAAUAUGAGUAGAACCUUUCAUUUCUACUCUAUUUGCAAAGACAGAUGGAUUGGAUUUGAUCAAAUCAAUUCCAUAAAAUAUGUAUACCCAACCCCCUCUAUGUGGAACUUUCCUGAAUGAUUUGCCUCUCUUUUCUGGUUUAUAUGAAAGUUUGUAAUGAGCAAGUUAACAUGGCUUGGGCGAUUAUGAGGUAAGAAUAGAGAAAAAGGGUGCUGGCUAAGAAAAAUAUAUUUUAUGGAAUUGGACAUUACACAAUUGGCAUAUUUAGAAUGUUUUCUGCAGCUGGCCUAUAGACUAGAAUCGAAGGCUUUACUUGUCAAGAUUAGUUUGAUAGGAAUAUACGCAUGAAACAGACUAAAAUAUUGAUAAUUGUGAAUAUACAAAAAACAAACUAGCAUAAUCAAAUUUCAUCAACAUUUGAUAAUAAGAGGUUUAUUUUUAUUUUUAAAUUUAUUCUAUUUUCACUUCUUAAAUUUUUUUUCCUAUUAUAUGUAUUUCUUCAGAAUGUUUGUGUACACGUUGUGUAUUUCUACUUAAAUGUUGUAAUAAUAAUCUAUAUGAGGAAAAUCAGAUUACCGAACGAACGAACAAGCAGUUUCCGUCCUUGUCUAAAAGUUUGAUAUUGCUGUGCAUUUAAAAUGUUUUAAAAAUUAUCAUGAACUUAACUGCCUAGAUGCUCAAAAUUGUAAUAAUGAGUAAGAGUCAACUUAUGUAAUGCCCAAUGUCUGCUAAUAAUUACUCCACUCCUAAAGAUUCUUUUUAAAAUGCAACUACAGAAAAUAAAGUUUAUUACUACUUUGUACAACAUCUUUUAACUAAAUGUAUCUGCAUUUAGAGCUUUACUUGUUGUGAACUUGACUUUAUCUCCAUAAUUGAAAAUGAUGUCUUCACAAGUUUUGAUUUUCUGAAUGUAUUUAAACCUAUUUUUGUUGUUUCCAGGGUUGGCAAGCAAUAAAUGUCAAGUAAGAUCUAUUUUGAUACCCAAAUAAUGUUGCUAUUUGAGAUAAAUAUCAUUCUAUGGUAUCUAUGGAACAAAUAUAAUGUUGGCUGAUAUGUGUAAGGAUUCAUACUUUUUUCCAUACAAAUGUUUUCAAAUAUUAUUUUUCCUGUGGUACUUUAUGAAUCGUUUCUCAAUAUGAAUUUUUGUUUCAUACCAGUUGUAAUGCUUCCUCCAAUUACUUUCCACUUUCCACAGAUACUGAUAUUAAUCAGCUGUGAUUGCAAAUUAUCUUUCAUGCAUUUGGGGUUUGUUUUGUGUUAGUUUCAUUGGUUAUUUUAUAGAAAAGCCUGCUUUCAGCUACAAUUCUUGCACAAUGCAAGAAAUUUGUCUAAUUGCAGAUUAAUAUCUUCCCAUUUGUUGUGAAUGAUAUCUCAGAAGAUCGACAUGGUGUCCACUGUCCAAAGUAAAGCAUAAAAGGGGUGCUCAAGAACCAUCUUUUGCAAUAAAUUUGGCAAGAAACAUAUUUGCAAUUGACAAAUCAAUUUCAACUACUAGUAAAGCAAAUUUUCUUUUCAAGAAGCAGACCAACAAUCGAACCUAUAUUUGCAAGAUUUAAGAUUGAAUUGGAGGAUUCGCAAUUGAUUGAAAUUUUCAGGUAGUACAAUGUGAAAAUACCUUCUUAGACAGUGCACCCUUUGUUCAAAAAUGGGCAUUUCUACAAAAUAUUCAUGCCCGACCCCCAGAUUUUUAGUUCAAAUUUGUCCAUGUGAUCAAUUUUCUUGGCUUGUGUAAUGGGAGUUUGACAUUAAAAAAAGCUCAAUUAUUUUAAUGGAAUUGUCCAGGUUUUAACACUAAUCAAAACUUAACAUUUGUGGAAUCUGUGUUUUGUAUUUUUGUUGAGGGUCACUGUUGAACUUUAACCCCUUGACUUUGGUUAGCCGAUCACCCUUGUAUUACACUCUCUAAAUUGAUAACAUCUAGUCACUGUUUAAAAAUGCAAAUUGGCAACUAUUUGUAACAAUUAUGCCAUUUUCAUACAUUUUAACUGAUGUUAUGUCCAUAGUCAAAUUCAUUCAAAGCAUGAAAAUGAAUAGAAAGAUAUAAAUUGUUGCCAAUUUAAGGAGACGAAAACAGUGUACCUGUAGGUGAUUGUGUUAAACAUAUGAGAAUAAAAUAAUUCCAUUAAUAGUGGAUUAUAAAAUUUCCAGAUGGCAAAACAGAUGAACGAUUAAUUUGUCACAAAUUGAGAGAUAUGGUUAGGUAUAUACCGCAGCAUAUUUAUGUAAAAAGCUAAAUAUAUUUCUUUUAAAAGUGUUUAUGUUCAAAAUUAGAAUUGUAAAAAAAAAAAAAGAAGAGAGAUAUAAUAAGUGGUAUGUAUGUGGUACAUUUAGAGACCUAUUUUUUACUCUAUAAGUUUCUGCUUCAUUUACUAUCUUGUCAUAAUGAAAUCCAAGAUGAAAUUGAAUCGUAUCACAAUAGAGAUGUUAUGUUGUAGAGUAGAAUGAUUAGUCGAAACUCGAAACAUAUCAAUUACAUACAUGUACAAGCAUAAUGUAUAAAGAAUAUUAAAUUUGCUGGUAUUUCAAAUACAAAGGAAA